AUGGCUGCCAUGUUCACGCAGAAUCCGGUCAUGAAUGGCCCCAACUACUCCUUCUCCGAUGCCCCAAAGACUGCCAGCGGAGAGUUCAGAGAGCAUCGCUUCAAUCCCUACACAGACAAUGGCGGCUCGACGCUCGGCAUCGCAGGCGCCGACUUCACCAUCAUGGCAGGCGACACUCGUCACACGAGCGGCUACAGCAUCAACAGUCGAAUGGCUCCCAAGGUCUUCAAGAUCGGCGGUUCCACAUCCUCGCAAGACGAUGCCACGAUAGUCCUCUCCGUCUGCGGCUUCGCGGCCGACGGAACUGCGCUGCGCGACCAGCUGGACACGAUCUGCAAGAUCUACCGUUACCGCCAUGGGAAGCCCAUGACUCUCAACGCCUGCGCCAAGCGCUUGUCCACGAUCCUCUACGGCAAGCGGUUCUUUCCCUACUACGUUACGGCCAUGCUCGGUGGUCUCGACGAGGAAGGUAAGGGCGCCGUCUAUUCGUACGACCCCGUUGGGAGCUACGAGCGGGAACAGUGCCGAGCUGGUGGCGCGGCCGGUAGCCUUAUCAUGCCCUUCCUCGAUAACCAGGUCAACUUCAAGAACCAGUACGUUCCGGGAAGCGGUGUUGGCCAUGACCUCAAGGAGCGAGAACGCCACCCACUCUCCCGUGUGCAGGUUGAGACACUCAUUAAGGAUGCCUUCGACGGCGCGGUGGAACGACAUAUUGAGGUCGGCGAUGCGCUGCAGAUGUUGAUCGUCACAAAGGAUGGAAUUGAGGAGACAAUACUGCCAAUGAAACAGGACUAG